AUGGGUGUUGCAUUGAUUGGUAAUGAAAACAAAAAGAUAAUCAAAAGAAAUGGUGUAAAAAGAGGAGCAAUGAUAGUGAUUGCAACAUUGGCAAUGAAGAAAUGCGAGUAUUCCUUGAACAAAUCACAUGGCCACUUUACAAGAGACUCUCCUUUGGGUAAAGAUUUGGUGUUGGAAUCAAAAUCAAAGAUUGCUCCUGGUUUUAGUCUGCGUUGUGACUUGAAAUAUCCAUUUCUUGAAUAUUUGUUUGAUAUAAUAUUAUAUGUAAUCAAAUUAAUAUUACAAUUCUGCAAAGAGAAUUCAUUGACGAGUACAUUAUUGUCGAUGCAAGAAGAGACUGGUAUAUCACUAAACACAGUCGACAGUAUCGAUGAACUAAAGAAUGAUAUCAUUGUCGGACGUUGGGACAAGGUAUUACUCGAACUAUCAAAUCUAAAAAUAUCAUACGAUAAAUUGAUUGAUCUAUUUGAACAUAUAAUAAUAGAAUUAAUUGAAAAGAAAGAAUUUGAACUUUCAAAACAACUACUUCGAAAGAGUGAAGUGAUGAACUAUUGUAAACUCAACCAAGUCGAACGAUAUCUACAACUAGAGCAUUGUCUACAAAGACAAGUAAUCAAUAGUGGAGAGUUUUAUAGUGGUACCAUUGAACAAAGAAGAAAAGAAAUUGCAGAUUCACUCAUCAAAGAUGGUGGUAACGGUGGAUCAACAGCAGCCAUUCAACAAAUUGAACCAUCACGACUACUAGCACUCUUGGGACAAGCAUUAAAAUGGCAACAAUACCAAGGUAUAGUACAACCAGGUGAUGAUUUUGAUUUGUUCAAAGGUCAAACCAAGACUGUAUCAGGAGCUGAACAAGAAGAACCAAUCACUCAAUUGGACAGAUCAAUUGUAUUUGGAGACAAGAAUAGACCCGAUUGUGCAAAGUUUACACCAGACUCUCAGUACUUAGUUACGUCAAGUAUCGAUGGUUUUAUUGAAGUAUGGAAUUAUAAUACUGGUGCACUUGCCAAUCUAGACUAUCAAUCAAAUGAUGAGUUUAUGAUGCAUAAUACCGGUAUCAUUAGUAUGUGUUUCUCCAAAGAUGCAGAAUAUAUGGCAUCUGGAUCAACCGAUGGUCAUGCCAAAGUAUGGCAAAUCAAAUCUGGUAAAUGUCUUCGUCGUUUUGAACCUGCUCAUUCUCAAGCCGUUACUUGUUUACAUUUUAUAAAUAAUUCUACUCAACUCUUAACUAGUUCAAUAGAUUCAACCAUUAAAAUGUUUGGAUUAAAAAGUGGUAAAGUAUUAAAAAUAUAUAGAGGACAUUUAGCAAGUAUAAAUGAAUUUCAAAUCAAUUCAAAUGAAGAAAAGAUGGUAUCAUGUUCGAGUGAUGCAACUGUAAAGGUAUGGGAUAUAAAGACUGGAGAAUGUUUACAAACAUUGGCACCAGUAGCACAAACCAAGAUUCGUGACAUUCCAAUUAAAAAUGUUUUCUAUAUCGAUGCUGCUCAAGACUUGGUUUUAAUAUGUAAUCAAUCGCCAUCCAUUGUAAUAAUGUCCAUUAGAAAACAAUUUAUAGUUAAACAAUUUACACUAGACAAUGAUAAAUUCAACUUUGUCUGUUGUUGUCUUUCACCAAACAAAAAAUAUCUCUAUGCAGUUUCCGAUGACAAUCAUAUGAAUUGUUUUGAAUUGGAAACUUCAAAUCUUCUUUAUCGCUACGAUCUUAGACAUAAAAAGGAAGUAGUUGGAUUAACCAUUCAUCCAAAUCGUAAUAUUUUAGCUACCAUUUCUUUAGAUUCAAAUUUACAAUUAUGGAAAUCCUAA